AAUAUAGUCAGAUUUUUAAAUGAAUAUAAUAUCGAACUAUUUGAUAAAAAAAUUGACGAAUACCUUAAAAGCCUUGAAAAGAUUGAUAGGGAGGAAAGAAUGAGACAAAAAAAAGCAUGUCAGCUCCUUGACAGAUAUCGAAAGAAUUCUAGACCAGAUUAUAAAAUCGCAAAAUCCUGGAAAAAGGAAUGUAUAUGCAAACAAAUUCACCUAUACCAACCAAUAAGUGAAACUGUAAAUGGGUCAAUUAACACAGUUAACAGAAUCAUGAAUGGGGAAAAAGUUGGAACCAUUAACAAACAAGAAAAUCCUCCACUCAGAAGGACACCGAGAAAAAUAAGUAGAGUAAUUUACACUGAAAACUCAAAUAAAGUGAAUAAUACCAGCAAGCAAACCUACAAAAAAAUAUCAGAUGAAGAUUCUGAAGUUAAUAAUGAUAAUGAGAUUGACAAUGAGAUUAAUGAAGAUGACAAUGAAGAUAACUGCAAAGAUAACGACGAAAAUGACUACGAAGAUGAUGACGAGAAUGAAGAUGAGAAUAUUGACGAAGAUGACAAUGAGAAUAAAGGCGAAGAUGAAAACAAAGACAAGAAGGCCAAGAAGAGAAAGAAGUUGAAGAAAAAGUUGAUUGAUGAUUUUAUUUUGAGAUUUAAGGUGAUAAAUGCAGAUGACAAAUGGAAACUUCCUUCGAGCAGAUUUGUUGAAGACGUCUUAUAUGAUUGGGCAGUGACCCACCAUUCUGAAACACUUGCACACUCAUUUAUAUUAGAUACUGAUUGUCAGAAAGUUAUGGAUCUGUUUAGUCUUGAGGAAAAUGAGACAAUUUUAAAUACUAAUAAAAAGUCUUUUCCGGCCGUACAAGAUGAUAUCAAAAAAUAUAUCAUGAAAUAUUACAAGGGCAGGAAGGUUGAUAUAUUACUAAAACUUUGUAAUAGCUCAAUAGAAAUACUAGCUGAAGAGGUAGCUAGGACAGGAGAUAUUCAUGAUAAAAAAUAUUUAGGAGAUAGAAUAAAACUAUUAAAGCUUAUAAAAGAUAUGUUUGAUACGAUAAUUAAAUCACUUCCACCAACUACAAUUGAAAAUUACGAGAGUCUUGAAUACAACUUUUUAGUAAAAAAUAAAAGCACUGUUUAUAUUAUGGAUCACCCUGAAGAAAUUAUUUCGCGAUUAACUAAAAAAGCACAAUUAGAAGCCCCUAUAUAUAUUGAAGGGAUCAUCCAAAUAAUUGAAAAAAUAGAAAGCGAUGAAUUAGAAGUUCAAGUCUUUCAAGAAAAUAAUACAGGUGUUUGA